CGGAAGCAGCAGCCCCUACGAUGGAAGCGGCGGGCGGCGUACCGGAAGGCGGAGAGGCUUCACCAGCCCAAGAUGGAGAAGGAGCUCCUGUGGCAGAAGAAGGAUCACCAGCCGCCGAGGAAGGAGUAGCAGUGCCACAAGCAGCCGCCGAUACGGCAGUAGCGGUCGAUGGAGCUGUCCUUGAAGCAACACCGGAGGUACCAGCUACCGCUGUAGGCAGCAGCUCCAGAAGCGGUGGCCGCAGCGGAAGCAGCAGCCCCAACGACGAGCUUCGGGCAGCUUACCGGAAGGCGGAGAGGCUGCACCAGCAGAAGGCGGAGAAGGAGCUCCAGUGGCAGAAGGAUAAGGAUCACCAGCCGCUGAGGGAGGAGCAGCAGUGCCACAAACAACCGCCAUCAGAAAUUUAUCGUCAUCCAGGAGCUGGCCCGUUUCGAGCAUCUUGUCACCGAGGGCAGCAUAUCCGAUGUCCAGAAGAUGGCCGGUCUGACGUGUCUGCAAUGCAGCUGUGCCCUAACGCCACCGAUGGCGCCGGCCAUGAUGCCACCAUUACCGCCACCCUGUCCGGGUGCACGCUCCGGCCACCGUGCAUGACGCCAGCAAUGACUCCUGUGCCACCCAAGGUGGAGCUGCCAAAGAAGAACGUGCCGCAACCCACGAAUCUAUAAAACAGCUUCAACUGGU